CAAAGAAGGGAUGUCUUACGUAAACUAAUGUAUAUAUUCUCUGCCCGUCUGUCUGUGAGGCAUACCUACUUCUAAGUUUUCAGUGAACACACACAAUCAUUCCAGCAACUAGUAAGAUGUACGCGAAACUCGCUCUCGUAUCCCUUGUCCUCGCCGCCGUGGUGGCGACCCCUGUGCCCGGUGGUCAUGGUCACCACAAACACGUGACCAUCCACGUCCCCUACAAGGUCCACACCAUCCACCACCACCACGUCUCCAAAGUCCACGUGCCCGUCGUCAAAGAGGUCCCCGUGAUCAAGGAGGUCCCCGUCUACAACUACAAGGAGGUGCACGUGCCAGUUAUCAAGCACGUGCCUUAUCCGGUGGAGAAGAAGGUGGUGGUGGAGAAGAUUGUGCACGUGCCAGUGCACCAUCAUGAGGAGCACAAGUGGGAGGCGCCCAAGGGGUGGGAGAGCGAGGCGCUGUCGCACGGCUGGAACUGAUUGAGUUGCCAGUGUAUUAGUAGAAAUAGGU